AUGCUAACGCGAAUGGAACGACCCGACAUGCUAACGCGAAUGGAUUAUGACCACAUUACUCCCCAAAAUCAUUUCACAGACGAGCCGCAAUUCUGGGCACGUUAUGGCUCUGGACCUGGCGUUGCAGUUACAGGGUGGCCCUCUCAAGGAGGAAUCUAUACGCUACAGGUUUGUAGCCGCGUGGAACUAGAAUUCUUGGAACUAGACCUAUUUAACAACACUUUGCGCCCAUCUGCAUCCAAUCCUGAGUGGCAGAACAAAGAGAAUGCGCACUGUGAUCGGAUGCGUCGCCUUGGUCCUACCUGGUGGAAGAGCGAAUAUGCGCGAUUUUAUAGUGGGAUGUUGGAAAUCUCUGAAGGGCGUGACAACGGUAAAGACAACUACAUCCGCGCUGGUUGGCCCCCCGGAGGCGGAGUAUGGGUUUUGCAGACAACAAGAGACGAAGCGAGCGAGAAAGGUUUAGCGAAGCUCCAAAACGCCAAUACGAUGCAAGAGCGGUGCGAGUUGAUUGAAAAGUCAGGUGGCGUUUUUUAUGAAGACCCUAAAGCUUGUCCAUAUCUCGACCUUCCUUGA